CAUUGUCCUUCCCUCCAAAGAUAAAGCAGUGAACUGCUGCCAUCACCUCGCUUCACCUUCCUCCAUUCUUCUGUCGCCAUGGCUUUGAAUUCAAUAUCUCCACUAUCUAUUAAAUCUCUUCACGUCUCUUCCACUUUAAAGUCUCAUUCAAAGCCCUUUUCUCCUGUCUGCCAAAUCAACUCAAACACUGAUUCAAAGAAAUGGGGGGGGAAACUGGUUUCCGCCACGUUGGCGGCGCGGGCGGUUAUUACCUUCGGCGCCGACCUAACAGCUCUUGCUGAACUGAACAAAUUUGAGGCUGACACGGGUGAAUUUGGGAUUGGAUCUGCUGCUCAGUUUGGUUCUGCUGACCUCAAGAAAGCUGUCCAUGUGAACGAAAAUUUCAGAAGAGCCAAUUUCACAGCUGCUGAUAUGAGGGAAUCUGAUUUCAGCGGUUCAACUUUUAAUGGUGCGUAUCUUGAGAAAGCUGUUGCGUACAAGGCAAAUUUUACAGGUGCUGAUUUAAGUGAUACAUUGAUGGAUCGAAUGGUUCUCAAUGAAGCUAAUCUCACAAAUGCCAUUCUAGUUAGAACAGUCCUCACACGUAGUGAUCUUGGAGGUGCCGUCGUUGAAGGGGCUGACUUUAGUGAUGCUGUUUUGGACCUUCCCCAAAAGCUGGCUCUAUGCAAGUAUGCUAGCGGCACAAAUCCUGUAACAGGAGUAAGCACGAGGGCAAGCUUAGGUUGUGGGAACAAAAGAAGAAGUGCAUAUGGUUCCCCAUCUUCUCCAUUGUUAAGCGCGCCGCCUCAGAAACUGCUCGAUCGAGAUGGUUUCUGUGAUGAAUCAACGGGUCUUUGUGAUGCAAAAUAGUUGUUUGAUUGGAGCAUUAAUUAUACUAAUUUGCGGCAAUACACAUAUUGUGUACAUACGUAUGUAUUGUUAGAGAUCCCAAUUGAAGCAUCUGAGGGCUUUGAAAUAUCAUGUCCACUGUAAUAAUGGUGCGUGUUAAUCAAACUACCGUUAUUGAAACCACUGAGAUACUUGUUGAUUUUUUGUAGA